AUUCAGCAGCGAGGAAGAGGAGGACGAGGAGCCAGCCUCCUCUGCUCCGGGAUCCUUCAGAACUUCUGUUCCGGGUUUGAGCUCCUCUGGAGAGAGGAGACGGUUCUGGAAGAUCCAAACAGCUUCUGCAGACACGAGUUCUCUGGGACCAAAACUACCCAGAAGGCUUUGCUCUUCAUUUAUUCAUCCAUGCAGACGCUCCGUCAGCUCGGAGGACCAUCAUCUUCUCUGCAGGUCAAAGCGGAACCGUUCUGAGAAGACGGUUGGAUUCCCGAUAGCUGAGGCUCUGGGACGUGACAGGAUUUUACCGCUUCAGCAGGUCGGGACUCUUCUGGCGACUCACGGGGGUGCUCAGCACUCGCCUCUGCAGCUCGGCGCCACCGUGGCUCGGUUCUGAUUGACUCCCCUUCAGAUGGUCCGCUGUCUUCUGCUCUGGACUGAAACCUGGAGCCGGUUCUUGGUGGGAGAUGGCGGCGGCCAUCGCCAGCUCCCUGAUCCGGCAGAAGCGUCAGGCCCGCGAGUCCAACAACAACCAAGUCGCCAGCAGCAAGCGGCGCUCCAGUCCCAGCAAAGACCCGCGCUCGCUGUGCGAGCGGCACGUCUUCAGCGUCUUCAGAAAAGUUCGCUUCUGCAGCGGGAAGAAGCGGCCGGUGCGCCGGAAACCAGAGCCGCAGCUGAAGGGCAUCGUGACGCGUCUGUUCAGCGAGCAGGGCUUCUUCCUGCAGAUGCUGCCUGAUGGGACCAUCAGCGGCUGUAAAGACGAGAACAGCGACCACACUCUCUUCAACCUGAUCCCUGUGGGGCUGAGGGUCGUGGCCAUCCAGGGAGUGAAGGCGGGGCUCUACGUGGCCAUGAACGCCGAGGGAUUCCUCUACACGUCUGACGUCUUCACGCCCGAGUGCAAGUUCAAGGAGUCGGUCUUUGAGAACUACUACGUCAUCUACUCGUCCACUCUGUACCGGCAGCACGAGUCGGGCCGGGCCUGGUUCCUGGGACUCAACAAGGAGGGAAUCAUCAUGAAGGGGAACCGGGUGAAGAAAACCAAACCCUGCUCACACUUUGUUCCCAGACCCAUUGAAGUCUGCAUGUACAAGGAGCCGUCGCUGCACGAGCUGGAGGAGAAGCUGCUGAAGUCCUCACGGAGCCCCACGCUGAGGAGUGGGAGGAGCCUGGGCCGGGCCCCGCGACAGGUGGACUCCUCCACAGAACGGGAGGCCUCGUAGCCUGCAGCGCCCCCCACAGGAGGAGAAGGACAACUCCCAUUUAACGCUCCCUCCGUGCAGAAACCACCAGUCAUUCGGGAAACAAAUGUUGCUUGUGUGAAAUAGGUCAGUGGGUGGGGGAGGGGCUUGUUCAGACACGAACUUUAUGAUAGGAAAUGUUUAUGCAAACGGAGACGGCGCCAGGAGGCCGCACACCUGCUCUUCAUCAUCGUAAGCAUCAUCUUCCUCCGGGUCGAGCCAGAACUCUCCAGCUUUAAGUCAGAACUUUUUCAUUUUAGAUCCUUUUUCUCUCGUCACGCUUCUUCUGCUGCGGCGAGUCGUUCUUUCAGAACCGAGCCUCCGAUCCUCCAGAACCGAGCCUCCGGUCCUCCAGAACCGAGCCUCCGAUCCUCCAGACCCGAGCCUCCGGUCCUCCAGAACCGAGCCUCCGGUCCUUCAGACCUGAGCCUCCAAUCCUCCAGACCCGAGCCUCCAAUCCUCCAGACCCGAGCCUCCAAUCCUCCAGCUACCCGUCCUCGGCUUUGCAUUUCGGGUUUUGUCUCCACUCUGUGGUGAGGACGGUUCUGACCGGGACCUCUUGCCGGGUUUGGACCUUCAGCUCAUUUCUAUGGAAACCUUUUUCUCCAAAACGGAGAUCCAGUUCUGCAUGUGCCCCCCAGGUCAGGCAUGAGUGUGAGGGCGGGUCGGGGAGGCGUGGCCUCUGUGCAGGAGUGGGGGUCACUCGCUCAGAGAUGGCGUGACGCUCCGUUUCAAACAGCAGAGAACCUGAAAAGCCGCCGCAGUUCGUGGUUUCCAUAGAAACGGAGCUGGAACCACCGGAUGUGGGCAGAACCGGGCGUUCAGACCCGGUUCCCACAAGUUUUGCAUGAUUUACUGUCCUGAAGCAGAGCGGCGCCUCCCAGAGGCGCUCUGGGGGCCUAAAUGGUUGAAGGAGGAGCUGAGGUCCGGUCUGGACAGGACUGACCCCCCACCCACCCCCCACCCCCUCGACUCUGCAGGAAUUCCUCGGAAACGGUCGUCUUUCUGAUCUGAUGCCGCUCCGAGAAUUCUGAUUGGUCCUUUUUUAAACCUGUUUAGCCACGCCCCCUUUUUGGGGCCAAUCACGUUAAAGAGAUGAUGGUUUUGAUCAAAUCGUCCUCUUAGCAAAAUCACCAAACUGGAUAGACCGUAAAGUUUAUUUAAUGUGAAGCAAACCAAAAAUUUAAGGAGAAAUAUGGGAUUCAUGAAAACUGGGAUCAGGUCGGUUUCCGUGUCUUUUUUUAGUUCAGGAAACAGGAAGUUGCCGCUAAAACGUCCGUUUGGACCCGGUUCCUGAAGCCGUCGGCUGAUGGGUCGCUUCUGUUGGAUUAUCACUGCCGAGAUCACUGCCCUCAGAACCGAAACUGCUCCAGUCCAACAUCUUCUGAAAUUCAUCCAUCAGGAAAACUGCUUCCUGUUGACCUCCACAAUAAAAGCCUCACCAAUAGACGGUCAAACGGUCAGCCGCUUCAGGCUAGAAGAACGAGGCCGCAGAUUUGUCCUUUUGCUGCGCAGGACGGCGUCAGAUUUGAACGUUGACUUAGACGUGAUGUUCCGUGACGUUCCCAUAAAACGCUGACGUUCCAAAGUGGUUUAGUGGAACGUUCACGUCUGAACUUCCUUUGGUUCUGGCAGCGGGCGGGAAACUGGUCUUCAAUGUAAAUCCAGACUUCCCCUCCUGCAGCAGAGAGCAGGUUCUUCCACCCCCAUCCCGGUUCCGGCUGGGGGUCAGAACUGCAGACGUCCUGAUCCGUGAAUUUCAGAUGGACUCACUCCACUGCCCUCCCCAGCCUUCAUCCUCUUCUUCUCUUCCCGAACCCGAUCCUCCUCUCAGGACCGCCGGUUCCCCAGAAGCAUCUGAAGCCAGUGUGGUUUGGACCCCUGCAGUGUUUCUGAAAGAAAACGGUUGCCGUGCCGACGAGGUUCUGAGAAGAAUCCGGAGCCACAAACAGCAGACGGUUCGGACCGGAUUCUGUUCGACUCCAGAGUCCGAUGAGCCUCUCUGUCCCGCUCUCAGACGUAGUUCAAGAACUGGGCUGAAAUGGUUUUUGGUGCCGUUCUGCACAGCUCCCCUCAUUAGGCACGCUGCAGCAGCUACCACUACAACAAAAAAACGUCCUGAGUGUCCGACCCAAAUCCAACCGCUCGCCCUCCAGAUGUUUUUGGGAAACCCGGGUCACGUCCCAUCAGCCGACAGGAAGCACUGUUCUAAAAAUGUUUGAGUCGUUUAGAGGUGGAGUCGAGGUGGGCGGGGCCUAUGUCCUUUCACUUCUAAAGUGCUUUUCUUUGAUGUUUCCCGGAUGUGAACACAUGGACUGAAAACUGAAGCGAUCCCAUCCCAACGUUCCACCUCAGAGAAAGUCUUCCAGUGUGAGUUUAUAUGAGGAUCGUUGGGAACGUCGGGAUCGACCCGGUUACCCGUUUUAACGCACGAUUGUCUUUUAUGUCACAGCUUUAAAAAUUCAGAAAAAGUGGAAACACCAAGACAGAAUUUCCAAUGCAGCAGGAAUGUUUUAGUCAUUUCCUGUCCAAAGACUGAGAGCUUUGGAGGAGAAAGUCCGGCUUUGAGUCGCCUGCAGCUCCUAAAAACCUGCAAAGAUCGGAAUUUGACAUGUUCCUCUUUACGGAGCGCUGCGUUUGGGUUCUGCAGGAAAUACCGAACCUGUUGGGACAGAAGUGGGUUUUGCUGCUUUUCCGUGUUUCCAAAGGCAGCACGCAUGUAGAACAGAGAAGACGCUCCGCCUGCAGGCGGCGCCGCUGCAGCUGUCUUUGUGUUUGCACCUUUUCUCACGCUUUCAUGUAACGCACCAUAUAGUAGAAAACGCCAUUGCUAAUGCGCAGCAGGAUGAAAGUAUGACAAUAAAAAGACCAUGAACACG